AAGGUACUUCGCUCUGUUGCGACGAGGUGGAAAAGCGGACAAAUCCUACUCGCCUAUCCCUUCCAACCAACGGCGUAGCCGCCGAAUCCCUCGUGCUCUACUAGCCGGAAGGAGUGGGUCAACCAUGUCUCAGUUUCGCAGUGAGGAGAUGCAGCUGCUGCAGCUGUACAUUCAGAGCGAUGCUGCGCAUGACACUCUGUAUGAGUUGGGGGCCCUUGGAGCGAUCCAGUUCAAGGACCUCAAUAACGACAAGAGCGCCUUUCAAAGGAUCUUCGUGCAGGAUGUUCGAAAGUGUGAGGACAUGCUCCGAAUCCUCAGAUAUUUGAAAGGCCACUUCGAUAAGGAGAAAAUUAUUACUGGAGAUGGUAGUCGGCACGAUGUUGCUCCACUCACCUCACUCAAUGAGCUCCAUGAUCGACUUCAGGAACUGGAGAAGGAGAUGAAGGAUCACUCGGACAAGUACGGGCAACUUGUGAAGCAGAGAACCGAGCUGGAGGAGCAUGUGCAAGUCUUGAAACAUGCCUCCAAGUGGUUCGGACAGGCAAACAGGAGUGGGAUCGCCUUCACUGCUCCGUCCCUGGAGGAGGAAGGGAGGCAUGAAAUGUCUUCGCUCCUCGACGAGAAUGAGGCGGGGAUCACCAGAAGACCUCCUUCUAUGUUGGGUCACAUCGCAGGAUGUAUCCCCUCCGCCAAUAUGCGAGAUUUUACUGUCACGCUCUUUCGUGCGACAAGAGGAAACAUGCACUUGCAGCAUGAGGAGCUUGACACCUCGGAGAAUCUCUCAGAGACUGAGUUGAAGUCAGUCUUCAUCGUCUACUUCAGUGGAGAGAGAUCCCGAGCUAAGAUCGAGAAGAUUUGUGAAUCGUUCGGUGCAACCAAGUACCGUUUGCCCGAGGGGACCUCUGCAAGAGAGAAGGACGUUCAAGAUCUCUGCGAGCGCCUCAAGGAUCUCGAGAUUGUGAUCCGAAGCACCUCAGAGUACAAGCGCAACAGGCUGAGGGCCAUCGCCAACAGCUUCGAGCUUUGGAUCGAGCAAGUGACGAGGGAGAAGGCCAUUUUUCACACGCUGAAUCUCUUCAACUAUGACGUCACCCAUAAGUGCCUCAUCGCUGAGGGAUGGUGCCCAGUGUCGAGUAUGUCGGAUGUUCGAGAUGCUCUUCGCCGUGCAACGCUCAAGAGCGGGGCAAGCGUGCAAACGGUGGUUGAGGUGAUCAAGUCUAGGCAGACUCCUCCAACCUUCUUCAAGACCACCAAAGUGACUGCGGGCUUUCAAGCCAUCGUCGAUGCAUACGGGAUGGCUCGUUACCAGGAGUUCAACCCAGCUGUGUUCACGGUCAUCACGUUUCCCUUCCUGUUUGGCGUCAUGUUCGGGGAUAUCGGGCACGGCUUCAUGAUGUCCAUGACCGGCGCCCUGCUGUGCUUGUUCGAGCAGAGACUUUCUUCUGCAGCCAACAACGAGAUGUUCGGCACCCUGUACCACGGGAGGUACAACAUCCUGCUCAUGGGGCUGUUCGCCAUCUAUUGCGGCUUCAUCUACAACGAACUCUUCUCGGUGCCUCUGGAGAUCUUCGGGAGCACGGCCUGGUGCAGCGGGGAGAUGGACGACCCUCAGUGCUCGAGGAUCCCUGGAACUUCCCCGGACUCCACCCAGAAGUGGCUGAGGAGCAACCUGAACGAGGCCUUCGACUUCGCCACGGGCAAGUCGAACGAGAUCGAGGUCACAGCUCAGGUGUAUCCCUUCGGCUCGGAUCCUGGGUGGUCGCACACCAGCAACAAGCUCAAUUCAGCCAACUCGUUCAAGAUGAAGUUCGCCAUUGUUGCCGGAGUCUGCCAGAUGGUACUGGGCAUCUGCUGCAAGCUGAUGAACACCCUCUACUUCAAGGACUCCAUCACCCUCUACUUCGUCUUCAUCCCCGAGAUCAUCUUCAUCAACUCGAUCUUCGGCUACCUCGUCCUCCUCAUCCUCACCAAGUGGACGACCAACUGGAACACAGCCUUCGUCCUCAACAACGACGAGAUCGUCCACAUCCCGCAGGUUUACUGCAACGAUCAGCUCUCCAAUCUCCCGUGCUGGACGGCUCCCUUCCGCUACGAUCGCUCCUCCAUCGCUGGCUAUGGCUCGAAGCUUGCUGAGCUCCCGGAGUACAUGUGGUGCAUGAAGGACAAGAGCGCCACGGCUGGAUGCGCGGUGUUUGACUGGAAAGGGAAGAUCAUAGUAGAGAGCAACGUGUACGGGAACGCGUCGUUGACGCAGUUCGCCAACUACAACCCGACGAGCUGCCAGGAGGACAUCUCAGGCUGUGUCAUGUGGAAGCAGAGCCCUCCCUCGCUCCUCGACUCGCUGAUCAAGAUGUUCAUGGAGCCAGGCUACGUCGCCAUCGAGAACCAGCUCAUCCCCGGGCAAGGCGGCCUCCAGGCCUUCCUCAUCCUCCUCGCCUUCGUCUCCGUCCCAAUGCUUCUGUUCCCCAAGCCCUUCCUGCUCAAGAGGCAGCAUGAAGAGAACAUGGCGCGCAGAGGAGGCUUCCAGGCCCUGCAGGAGCGAUCCGACCUGGUGGACGGCGAUGUCGAGACGGGAUCAGGUGACAGCAGCCACGGGCACGGGCAUGGCGAGGAGUUCGAGUUCGGGGAGGUGAUGGUCCAUCAGAUGAUCCACACGAUCGAGUACGUGCUGGGUUGUAUUUCCAACACUGCCUCCUACCUCCGUCUCUGGGCUCUUUCCCUUGCUCACGCCCAGCUGUCGGAAGUGUUCUGGGAGAAGACGGUGAUUGAAGUUGGUCUGGAGAGCUCGAGCGCAGCUCUUCUCUUCAUCACUAUCGGAGCAUGGUCUCUCUUCACUGUUGGAGUGCUCAUGGGUAUGGAGAGCUUGUCUGCCUUCCUUCACGCUCUCCGUCUGCACUGGGUGGAGUUCAUGAACAAGUUCUACGACGGCGACGGUUACCCCUUCCGUCCCUUCAGCUUCCUGACGCUGGGGGCUGACGAGUAGGAGCCAAAGGAUUCGCGCCGUGAGGGGGAGAGAGAGCUUGCAGCUUCGCUUGUUAACAACAUUUCCUCUCCCCUC